CCAGCUCCAAUGAGAUUAUUCCUGUUAUUUUACCCUAUCGAUGAUUUUCCGCCGGUUGUGUCCUUUUACGCCUCAGGCAUCCCGGGCACGACUGUGGCUAGUGUGGUCAGCCACAUCCCGUGGCUUGAGCUCCAGUGAUCCAUCGUCCAUCAGAUCAGGUCCAGAGACCAACAACAGCUUCCUCCUCCCAUCGUCAUCCUCUCCAUCUCCCUAGUCUCCUUCUCCGCUUCAUCCUCCCUUCUCCUCAGCCAUCUCCCUCAUCAUAUCCCUUCUCAUUUGAUUAUUUUUCUCCCCCCUUUAGUCACUGCUUCGCUUCCUCGUUGAGCUCUCCGCCAUGCCUGCCACCACGGCGGACACCCUUUCCCUUGUCCAGCGCACCGUCACGGUUGCUCCAUUGGUACUUCUCUCCGUCGCAGAUCACUAUGGACGUUCCGCCAAAGGAACUCGAAAGCGUGUUGUUGGUGUGCUGCUAGGAGAAAACUCAGGACAGACCGUUAGAGUAUCAAACAGUUUUGCCGUCCCAUUUGAGGAAGAUGAGAAGGAUCCGUCGGUGUGGUUCUUAGAUCACAACUUCGUCGAGUCGAUGCGGGACAUGUUCAAGAAGAUUAACGCUCGCGAAAAGCUGGUCGGAUGGUACCACUCGGGUCCCAAACUGCGAGCCUCCGAUCUCGAAAUCAACGAACUAUUCAAGCGAUAUACCCCAAAUCCCCUGCUGGUUAUCGUGGAUGUCCAACCGAAGGAGGUUGGCGUGCCUACUGAUGCUUAUUUUGCGGUUGACGAGAUCAAAGACGACGGCACCACGACCUCCCGAACCUUCGUGCAUACCCCCUCGAUAAUCGAAGCAGAAGAAGCAGAGGAAAUCGGUGUGGAGCACCUCCUCCGAGACAUCAGGGAUGUCGCCGUCGGCACCCUUUCGACCCGCAUCACCUCACAGCUGCAGUCCUUGCAGGGCCUGCAUCUCCGUCUACGCGACAUCGGCCAAUAUCUCCAGAAAGUCCUCGACCACGAGCUACCUGUCAACCACACUAUUCUCGGUAACCUCCAGGAUGUCUUCAACCUGCUUCCUAACCUCUCGACACCAGCGGCGACACCCCGCAUUGGCGGUGCCUCGGAACAACCCACAGAGAACAGCGAGUUGGCGCGCGCGAUGAGCAUAAAGACCAACGACCAAUUAAUGGCAAUCUACAUCAGCAGUUUGGUUCGCGCAAUUACGGCGUUCCACGAUCUGAUCGAGAACAAGAUCCAGAACCGUCAGCAGCAGGAGGAGACAGAGCAGAAGCGGGAGCAGGAGGCGAACGCGGCGAAGAACGAGAAGGAGGGCGCAAAGAAGGCUAACGGAGCCACGAACGGCGAGCAGAAGGAGGACGAAGGGUCAAAGGAGAAGAGCAAGAAAAAGGGACAAUAAGCAUGCACUCAAUGUGAUACGAUAUUAGACCAAGCCCGCAUUGAAAUGUACUAUAUAAUUUCAUGUGGUUUAUUAUUCUCUUCACUGCUAGUUUGUCUCUUCGGGGAGCAUCGACUUGUCAACCCACUGCACCUAGCAUCUGUAGAUCCUGAAUAAGUUCUCCCGUCCACCCAC